GAACAUUACGCCAUCCUUCCCUCUUGGAAAAAGUGGGAUUUAAACAAGUCUCUUACAAGAUAUCAAGCAGAACUUCAAGGAGAGCCAAUUGCGCUUUUCUGCAUGUUAGAUGUAGAGCACUCUUGGAUCUCCGACAUCAAGCGAACCGGAUCACUAUGGUUCUGAAGAACGAGUCUCAUAGGAAUGCUUUGGACAGAAUAAUUGAUCAGACGUUUCCAAAUCUUAAUCUCUACCUCUCUAAAUCCGUUCAUGGUAGAGCUUUUGGUCAUUUCUUCAUCACCAAAGCUCACGGGAAGAUCAGAGGAUGAAAGUUCUGACUAGUUUCCCUCUUUUACUUGGCUGUUGGACUCUUUUACACCUGGACUUGAUCUCGCAGGCGCUCUCGCUCACCGGAGUGGCGGCGACGCAACGCACCGGUCACCGACGCACCGGGGCGGACAAACCCAAUCCAAGCGUUUUACGGUUAACGGUGGCGCGCAACGGCACGGCGCUCGGAAAGCCCGUUGACAACGCGAAGAUAUCUCGCAUCAGGGCCGAGUCACCUCUGAUGAAAGUUACAUCGGACACAAAUGCACAAAGAGCCCGCGCCACUGUACCUGUCGACUUAGGGCGCAGGGAGGCCGUGCGCUCUUGGGUACCCAAGGAUGCGACGCGCGCUGCAUCCGGCGCGCAAUCCUCUUCUAUCAUCCCACACCAAACAGGACACAAUAAAGGAAAUGGAGUUUCUAAUCCCAAACCUGCCGAGAUAAGGGCAGGUGUGUCCAAAACCGGGGUGCUGAAAGGCAUGGCCCCACCACCACCAGCCCCGCUCAGAGCGAAAGGGACAUUAAAACUGGAAGAGAUUGUGGAACCAAAGCACCCACAGGUCACGGCGCAUGACUACAUGCUGUCCCUGUACUGGACACUGACCAGUGGAGAGGUCAAUACUAGUCUCCUGCACGAGGCUGGGGUGGCCAAUACCGUCACCAGCUUUGUUGACAGAGGACAAGAUGACCGUGUGACCCAGCUAAGACGUCAGAGAUACCUCUUCAACAUCAGCUCUAUGGAAAAGGAGGGUCUGUUGAACGCAGAGCUACGCAUCCUCAGAAAGAAACACAUGGACUCCCAUAAAGCCACAUUUAGUUUACCUCAGGGUUCGGUUAAUUUGAAAUUAUACACCUGUGCGACAGGUAAGCAGAAGUCCACUUUGAUCGAUUCUCAGCACAUCAAUCCACAAAGCGCACCUUUCUGGGAUGUGUUUGACAUUUGGAAAGUGUUCAAGAACUUUAGAAACACUCCUCAACUUUGCUUUGAGCUCGAGGCGGAAUAUAAAGGGCGGCCGCUCGACCUGACAUUACUCGGCCUGGGUCGCAUGAGCAGGCUUACGAAGGAGAAGGCCUUUUUCGUGACGUUUGGACGUACAAAAAAGCGAGAGCUCUUUUACAACGAGAUCAAAGCCCGUUCGGGUCACGACAACAAGACGGUCUACGAGUACCUGUUCACCCAGCGGCGGAUGCGUCGAGCGCCGCUGCCGCGCGUGAACAAAAAACCACCCAAGAACCCCAAACAGCGCUGUAACCGGAAGCAACUACACGUCAACUUCAAGGACAUGGGCUGGGACGACUGGAUCAUCGCUCCCCUGGAGUACGAGGCCUUCCACUGUGACGGCCUUUGUGAUUUUCCCAUCCGUUCCCAUUUGGAGCCCACCAAUCACGCCAUCAUCCAGACCCUCAUGAACUCCAUGGAUCCUCGGUCUACACCUCCGACCUGCUGCGUCCCGACCAGACUGAGUCCCAUCAGCAUUCUGUACAUCGACUCGGCCAAUAACGUAGUGUAUAAGCAGUACGAGGACAUGGUCGUGGAGAGCUGUGGCUGCAGGUAGCAGGUUUGCGGACAUUUACGAAGCAAACUUAGCUGUGAGGGACACGGAAGGUCUAUUAGAUUCCUCAUGGGCAUUUCAAGCUCUUGGGACUUCAGAAACAGAGAUUCACAGAGGGCAUUGAAGUAGCUUUAUUUGCCUGAUGAUCGGUUUCGUUUUGAAAUAUACCCUUUGAGCUUUCAUACAGCAUUUGAGUCUGGAUUCUUAUAGAAAAGAAACAAACACUGUUGCAUUUUUAUUUAGUUUACACAAACCUGUGUCGAUGCACCAAUGCAUCGUUCCCUUAAUACAUUCAGAUUUAGUUGAGGACUCUUUUACUAAUGGCAAGCACCAUGCAAAAGUUUGUAGCUGUUUUUUAUAUUUGUGGACAUUUGUUCAAUAUGUGCUGCACAGCUCAGGAUAUUCACUCAUGAAAAGUUCGGCACUACACGUUCUGCUGCUGCCCACAGCCGAUCAUCAUUGUCUUCCUGGGAAUACAAAGCAGUUAGUCACAUGACAUUUAUGGCUCGGGUGAUUGACUGGCCAUUGCCCACGACCCAAGAAAUGCCAUACAAGAGGGUUCUGCUGGUGAAAAUGCACCACUACACAACAUUAGAGAUGUCGAUUCGAUGUUUAAUGACUUUGCAGUGUUUUACAAAUAUUGGCUGCUUAACAGAAGCAUAUAUUUUUAAAAGUUUUCUAUUAGAUAUGUCGUUAUUGUCUUUAUUGAAAUAAACAAUGUUAAUAUUUCUGUUAAUAUGUUGUUCAAGGUUCAAGUAAAUCUGACGUGGUCUGUGAAAUCCAAGGUCUCAUAAUCUAAUGAUGAGAUUAUCCAGACAGCAGACGACUUCGGGGAUGCUGACUUCGACCCGGAGUUGUCUGCUGUCUGUCAAAGUCGAUUUCACUCAUUGAUUUCAACCUUUGACAUGACCUUACUCAGUCAAUAUUAAACAUAUCAAGAUUAUAUUUUCACAGAAUGUCCUUUACAUGAUUUUAUGUAGAAAACUGGGCAGGGUCACAAAUGUUAUUAUUCCUUGUUUUGUUAAGAAAAAAAUUGGCUAUUGGUUGCUUUUUCGAUGCUUUACCUAUAGGGAUUAUGGGUAGCGGGCAUCUGUAUUUUUUAUUGUAAUGUAAACCCUUUUGAAACGUUUAAAACCAAUUCAAAAGGGUGUAAAGAUCAACAAUUACAUUUGAACAUGACAUUUAAAAGAGUAAAUUUAAUUCAGCAACCAUAUCACAGAUAUUUUGAUGAUGUCUGCCACUGUCAACCAUAACUAGUUUGUAAAUAAAGAAAGUUUUAAACGAUUCUCUUAUUAAAAUAUAAUGUUGCCGAAUUUUCAUAUUAAACAAAAUGUCCUGGAAAAUGCGAUUGUUUUCAUUCCUAGUGGUGGGGACGAGACCGGCUAUGCAGAGUCCGAGUCAAGACCGGGUCUUUGAGGAAGCAAGUCUGAGUCGAAACAAAGACCAUACAAACAUGUCAGUUUUCAUAUUCAUGAUUUAAUAUCACCCCAGUUUAUAAU